GAGGAGUCAGAGGGGGAUGGGGACUGUGGCCUGACAGGACCACCCGCUCUGGUGGGCUCCUAUGGCACCUCCCCUGAGGGUAUCGGCGGCUACAUCCAUUCUCAUCGGCCCCUGGGCCCUGGAGAGUUUGAGUCCUUCAUUGACGUCUACGCCAUCCGGAGUGCUGAGGGGGCCCCCCAGAAGGAGGUGUAUUUCAUGGGUCUCAUCGACAUCCUGACACAGUAUGAUGCCAAGAAGAAAGCAGCUCAUGCAGCCAAAACUGUCAAGCAUGGGGCUGGGGCAGAGAUCUCUACUGUCCAUCCUGAGCAGUAUGCUAAGCGAUUCCUGGAUUUUAUUACCAACAUCUUUGCCUAAGAGACUGCCUGACUCCAUGCUGACUGCUGCUUUAUCUUCAAGGUGGCAGGGUUCUGAGAGGCUUGGGGAAAUUGUGGAUAUGCUGAUCACUACUUCUUUUCCUCCUUUGUUAAAUUCCAGCUACAGGCUCCUUGCAUCCAGAUAACUCCAUCUUGUUGAGUAGGCUCUUCCUCACCCUCAGAAAUACACUAUCCUAUCUCCCCCUG